AUGGCCUUCUCAAUCCUUUUCACCCUCGGCCUUGGUCUUGGGGUCGCCGCGCGGCCAUACAAUUCUGGACUGCGAAAUAUCAAGAAUGUUGUCGUUUUGGUGCAAGAAAACCGAUCUUUCGACACGCUCGCGGGUGGCUUUACCUAUAACGCCAAUAUUGAUGGAUUAGCAAACCAUAGCUAUUGCAAUCCUGCAAAUGUUUCUCAACCGAAUUCACAGAAUGUCUGUGCGGCAGGUACCGCAAAGAACAUUGCCUCAGAUGAUCCAGACCAUACGAUUACGGGCGGAAAUAUGCAGAUUUUCGGCACAUAUCACCCCGAUACAGAUUCCAAGCCAUCUAUGGAUGGCUUCAUUACUGAGCAGAGCUAUAUGUAUAGCUUACAAAACAAUAUGAUGGAAGCUGCGGAGGUGAUUAACUAUUAUACACCCGAUUUAGUUCCUGUGACCAAUGCUAUGGCGGAGAAUUAUGUCCUUUUCGAUCGUUGGUUUGCAUCUAUUCCGGGACCAACUGAUCCAAACCGUGCUUACCUAACCUCGGGCACCUCAUAUGGCCAUGGAGACAACGGAGAGGUAUUUUAUAAUUCCGGCCUACCUCAAAAGUCUAUUUUUCAACAGCUCUCCGAAAAGAAUAUAACUUGGAUCAACUAUGAGAAUACGACAAAUAUUGGAGCCUCGAGCUUUUUGCCCGAUGCCCUUUUCUAUGAAUGGACCGCAAAGUCUGGAAAGGGCGAGACCAAUGUUCUACCCAUCGACCGCUUUUACACGGAUGCUAAAGCCGGCAAGCUCCCUCAGUUCACCUGGAUCAAUCCAGAAUGCUGCGAUUAUAUGUCAAUGCAUCCAAAAUCUCCCAUUAAUAUGGGCGAAAACUUCAUGAAGGGCAUUUAUGAGGCUUUACGCAGCUCCCCGCAGUGGAACCAAACCCUAUUUAUAAUCACGUGGGACGAGCACGGAGGGUUCGCUGAUCAUGUCUCUCCACCUACUGGUGUCCCCCCUGGAGAUAACUUGACAUAUACGGAGAAGGCCAACGAUGGAAAGGAAUACACCUUCCGUUUUGAUCGUCUUGGUAUCCGAGUUCCCACUCUUUUGAUUUCCCCUUGGGUGGAUAAGGGCGUCGUUCAGAAUAAACCAAAUUCGGGAAGCGCUGAGUUUACUCACACAUCAAUUCUGAAGUUUAUUUCUGAGCUAUGGGGCGUAGAAACCCUGACUCCGCGGGUUGAAUGGUCGCCAUCCUUCAGCAAUUUGAUCACAAACAAAUUCCGGGAUGAUACCCCGCAGGAAUUGCCAAAUGCCGCAGGGUAUUAG